CAUUCAAUACAACUUGAAAUUUAACACAAAAAUAAAUCCUCUCUCUCAAAACAACAACAAAAAAAAAAAAAAAGAAGAAAUCUUAGUUCAUCACUAUACUACAUCAAAGCAAAGCAAAGUGUAUUCAAGAACAACUACUACUCCAUCAAGUACAAGAAACGAUGCAGCCACAAAGUUUCAUGAACCCGGUUCACUUCCAAAGCAACUCGGAAAUGUUACCAUGGUCAAUUCCACCGGUUCAACCUUUUAUGAACCCGGUUCAUCACCAUGACCCAUUUCUCCUCCCUCCUUCACCGUCUCCUUACGGUUUAUUCAACCGGAGGCCACAAUUUGGUUACGAUGGACAAGGCGGUACGACGACGGAUCAUCAUCAACUCCGGUUCAUCUCGGAUAGUUUAGUAGGUCAUCAUCAUCAACCCGGUUCAGUAGCACCUUUUGGUUUACAAGCUGAGUUACAAAAAAUGACGGCUCAAGAAAUAAUGGAUGCAAAGGCAUUGGCUGCAUCAAAAAGUCAUAGUGAAGCUGAAAGAAGACGUAGAGAAAGAAUCAAUAAUCAUCUUGCUAAAUUAAGAAGCCUUCUUCCUAAUACUACAAAAACAGACAAAGCUUCAUUGCUAGCAGAAGUGAUACAACAUGUGAAGGAGUUAAAAAGACAAACAUCCUUAAUAGCAGAGACAAGUCUUGUCCCAACUGAAAUUGAUGAAUUAACAGUUGACAAUGCAACAUCUGAUGAAGAUGGUAAGUUUUUAAUAAAGGCCUCUUUGUGCUGUGAGGACAGAUCUGACCUUUUGCCUGAUUUAAUCAAGACAUUGAAAGCACUAAGGUUAAAAACAUUAAAAGCUGAAAUUACAACACUUGGUGGACGUGUUAGAAAUGUCUUGUUUAUUACCGGGGACGAUUAUUAUUGUAAUAACAAUAAUAAUAAUAAUCGAGAUUUAGAUCCGAGCUCCAAUGGAGAUGAUGAUGAUUGUGAGAUGAUGCAACAACAGCCACAAUAUUGUAUAAGUUCAAUACAAGAAGCACUUAAAGCUGUGAUGGAGAAAUCAAGUGGUGAUGAUUCUGCUUCAACAAGUGUUAAGAGACAAAGAACUAACAAUAUCAACAUCCUUUCUUAAAUUACUUCUUUUCCUUUUUGUGUGUUUUUUUGUUUUUAGGAUGUUUUUUUUUAUCUUCAUCUUAUUAGGAUAAUAUAGUGUAGAGGGUUGGUGAUGUCUAGGGUAUUUGGUCUAGGGGUAAAAGCGUAACUAGUCAUCAUGAUGUGUGAGUCGCAGAUUGGAAAACCCUACCAUAAACAAAACUCGAUAUUUAAGUGGAGAAGUAAUAUAGAGGGUCAGUUUUAAUAUCGGUAGAUUUUGAAACCGUAUAUUACUGACUCUCAGAGGUUUCUCGAUUAUUACAAAAAUAUGUUUAGGGUUGGUGCAUAUUGUUUUUAUUUUGUGUGUGUUUUCAUAAAUGUCCCUUUGCCUCAUGUCACGUUCAUCAACAGUCUGAUAUUCAAGUGAAGAAGUGUUAAGGAUAAA